AUGGAGCCUGAGAUAGAGCAUUCUUGGUCGUCCUGUGAAGGCAUAAGCUCAACUUUUGAUCAUGUUGAGUCUUUGGACUUCAACGUGGACGCUCUUUUGUUCCCCACUUCAGAGGAUGCUUCUUCUGGAGUCUUCUGCACUGAUCAUGUCUAUUUCCCUGUUGAUGAACUCCCAUCAUUGAUUGAUGAUUUCUCCAUGGAUCUUGAUGCUUUUGAUCCCACUUUGAGUUCUCUAAGUCCGGGUAUUUUUCAUGGAUGCCCUGAAGAAGGUGAGGGAAUAAGCUUUGCUUCCCAGAACCCGUGUUUUCAGAGAGAUGUUUGGAGUCCAACCACAUCGAAGCAAUCAGGCAUGUCUACAGUAGUACAAGCACCACCAUCACUGAUCAUACUAGGAGAAGACAUGGAGAUGGAGAACCAGUUGAGUCUUCCUCAUCUUCUGGAAGCCGUUGGAGAAGUCUUAGAGCAAGGACAGAACACACUUGCACAAGUGAUUCUGAGACGCAUCAGCCACAAAGUAAGCCCUCUUGGUGAUCCCCUUGAACGUCUGGCAUUCAUUUUGUCCCAAAAUCAUGAUGAUGCAGAUCAAGGGAGUUUCAUCAAACAGGAGGCCUACAGGAGCUUCCGCGACUUUUUCAAGGCUAUCUACCAAGGCCUCCCACAUGGAAGAAUUGCUCAUUUUGCAGCCAAUUCAGUAAUUCUAGGAUCCAUACCAGCUGAUUCAGAAGUGAUACAUAUAAUAGACUUUGAUAUGGGAGAAGGGGGUCAAUGGCCUCCAUUGAUGGAGGCUAUUGCUCAACAGCACAAAACUUUGAAACUGACUGUUAUGACAUUGGAAGAAGAGGAGAGUCCAGAUAUUGGUUAUGUUUCCACUCAAUGGAAAUUUGAAGAAAUCAGAAGGAAGCUCUAUGAACACGCCAAAUCAUCUGGUUUGAAGUUGAAGGUGGAGGAACAGAGGAUCGAGGAAUUGGUGACAGAGCUUAAGAAAUUGAACAAAAGGAGUGGGCAUGGAAAUGGAAAGAGAAAUUUCGUGGCCUUCAAUUGCAUGGCGGGUCUUCCACAUAUGGGAAGGGUCAGAAGUAGGAGACAUGUCUUGGAAUUUCUACAAGUAGCAAAGGAUUUCAUCAAAAGCUCAACUGCCAACAGGGGAAUUAUAUCUUUUGGUGAUGGAGAAGCCUGUGAGAAACUGAGAAACAGCACCGAUUUCAUGUCCUUCUUUAAUGGCCAUUUGGAGCAUUACCAUGCUUUAUUAGAAUCCGUAGAAUCAAAUUUCCCAUUCCAAUUCUCAGAGGCAAGAACAGCUAUGGAGAAUCUAUUCGUGGCGCCAUAUAUAUCAUGUGAGGAUUGGCUUCGGAGGUGGGAGGAGAUGAGACAAUGUGGGAAUGUUCAAUCAGAAAUAGAGUUAGGGGGUGGAAGCUUGAGGGAGGAGACAUUAAUGGAAGUAGGAGAAAUGUUGGGACGAAUGCAAGGGUCGUACGAGGUUAAGAUUGAAGGCAAUAAUGGCAAUGAAAUGGUUCUGCAAUGGAAAGGGACGCAGCUUCUGAGAAUUUCAACGCGGGCAAAUUAA